ACUCCAGAGUCCCACGGAGCCAAGGACCUGUGCAGAUUGCUGCAAGACAGGCUCUGGGAUAGCACUACACGGACAACUUUCUCCGCUGUGAUUUUCUCCUCGUUUGGAUUAUAUUCAUUUAGGACUAUUAAAUACUGAAAAAGAAAAAUAUAAAUAUAUAGUCGUGCGUUUUAAUCCUAUGUGACACUGUCUUAAACAAAAGCAGCCGCGUUUCUUGUUUGAUAUGUUAAACUGGUUUCAAGUUUGAAGCCUCUAGUUUUUUUAGAAGGUGCAGCGCAAUGUGCGUCGGGCUUGUCUCUUGGGAUUGUCUCACUUGCGCUUAAGGAGCUAUGUCGAACUGCAGCACAGUGUGUUCAGGAGGACGCAAUCCACUGUGAAUAACAAGAAUCAACUUCCAACCUUUCACAGCUUCAAGCAAGUGCAGCAGCGCGGUGUCUGACUGAGCACGCUGAGCUGCCUGACACUCUGGUUUCUCUCCCAGAGGGGAUGGUUGUGGAUCCUCUGGGGCCAGGAGCGACUCUGAGGCUCCUACAUAUUAGCGCCUUUUUCGUGAUUCGAGUUAAUUCUAAAUUAAAGGGAAAUGAGAGCCACACUUUCCUACAUCCUGCUGUGGACGACGUACCUGCUGGCUACUGCUGAGGAAGUGGAGUUUCCCCAGGAGCUGAUAGACCGACUGUCCCACAGCGAAAUCCACAGCAUCAGCGACCUCCAGCGGCUACUGGAGAUUGACUGGAGAGGUACGGGAAACGAUGUUCUCGAGGAGACCAGGCACCACAAGCAGCACAAGCACCAAAACCACCAGAAGAACUCCUCUCAUCCUUAUGGUUACUACAGUGACCUGAAGAACUCCCAGCUGCACAGCCGUCGCAAGAGGAGCAUCGUAGAGGAGGCAGUCCCCGCAGUGUGUAAGACACGGACGGUGAUCUACGAGAUCCCCAGGAGCCAGGUGGAUCCCACGUCUGCCAACUUCCUGAUAUGGCCGCCUUGUGUGGAGGUGAAGCGCUGCACAGGCUGCUGCAACACCAGCAACAUGCGCUGUCACCCUUCACGCAAACACCACCGCACCGUUAAGGUAGCCAAGGUGGAGUACGUGAGGAGGAGACCCAAGCUGAAAGAGGUCUUUGUGCGGUUAGAAGACCACCUGGAGUGUGUGUGCACAUCACAUCAUCACGUGGUAGAGCCCACAGAUGCAGGAACAGUGGAUGUAAGGUGAAACCAAUCCGAACAAUGGACUUCAGCGUGGAAGGGGCCUAAAUGGAGGGGACCUCCAACAGGACACCCGCUCUGUCCUCUUCCCACUGCCAUUCAUCCUUCAUUUAACACCCCCCACCCCCCCCCAAAAAAACGUUUCUGUAAAGAUGACAGACUGAAAAAUAACAGCAGACACAAAAACAAAUAAGAUACCAAAGGUGCUUUGAAAAGAAAACAGCCGAAACAGUGACUUCUCUGCGGUACGCCACGUAUCCAGACAGCUGACUUGUGCCGUUGAUUAAGAAGAAAAAGUGAGGAUGCUGUGGAGCUCAGGCGGGCCAGAAAAAGGCCAAGGGAGAUGGUGAAAGGGAUCGGCGCUGGACAUUUUGACUGACUUUGUCCGAACAACAGAAACUGCUGUUCACCAGUUAGAUCACACCUCGAUGAGAAUCAAGUGCUCCGACUCAGCCUAAGUACCCUUCCCCGCUUAAAUGACACUUGCAUACACAGGGAUAAAGACAGAAGGAUGUAGGAAAAAUCAAUGGAAAGAAUGAGAGACUCUAUGGAGCAUCAAGCAGUUUAAGUUAGCAGAUCUUUGCUCUGUGUAAUCUUCUGACACCCCUGGUUGUCCGUGACUUUGCCCACCUGCUAUGUACAGUUCAAUUUUAAAGGAAAGUAGUCGUUCUUACAAACUAUUUAAUAGUGUGGAUGUUGGCUUUCAGUCUCUUCUAUUAAGAAAGAAAAAAACAAAAGGUGUUUUUAUGUUUUUGCAGGAAUGCAAGAGGUCUGGUUCUUUGUAACCAUCGGUAUCACAAUCUCAGUGUAAUUUUUUUUUAGUUUCUUUUGUUCUUGUCAUCCAUGUUAUAAUAUUACACGUAUAUCUGAUUGAUGUAACGUCUUGUAUAUGGUUUGGAUAUAUGUGUGCAAGGAGGACAUUUGAGAGUCAGUACGGAAGAUGCUUUAUUUUUGUUAUGAAAUUAUAUUAUGCAUACUUAUAUCUAAGCAGAAUUAUGUUUCUUUUUCUUUGUUGUGCUUGAAUGUCUGUAUUUAUCCAUUUGGGGGUGGGGGGUGGGGGUGGGGUGCUGCUGCAAAAAUGAGGGCAGGGGUGGAAGUAGAGUAGUGCUCGUUAGCCUGUGUGUUCAGUGCAUCUGAGCUGUGAAAGGGAUAAAGUGGCUCAGACAUGGCAGUUCCACAGUGUGUCUAUGGUGGGAUACUGUAUCUAAUGCUGCAGUAGAGAUAAGCCCUGCCCUAUCCUUUAUGUAACAUUCCUGCAAACAUGCAUUCAGCACAUCAGUGUGUGUAUGCCAGUCACAUAAGUACACAAAAAGUGUCCAAGCAUGUCUAAACUAGAGGCAUGCAUAGGCUGUCUGGUGCGGAUUAUGCACAAUUUUCUCCGCUACAAGAGGCUAUUUUUUCACCCAUAUCAGUCCAGCGCUGAUAGGAAGAUACCCACCCGGUCUGCUACAUAAGCACACAUGUUGUACCUUUGAAGAGCAAAGUCCAUCUUAAAGACUGAAUGAGCGUACAAAGCAAAUCGUCAAGUGCAUGAAUGGGCUCCUUGUUUGGUCAGGCUUUACUCCUCUGUUGACAAGAGAACAAAUCUCAGAUUACUCCGCCCUGUGAAGGGACUCACACUUUAUGCAGCCUUCUACCAUCAGGACAAUGAUCUGAGGUGGCCUGAAAAUGGCACAGUGCUCGCCUGAACUCGUGCCCCAAAGGAACAAAACAAUUACUUCCUCACCAGUUCCUAUAACAGUGAUGAAUGUGCAACAAGGCCUGGGGCUGCAUGGCGCAAAAACAACGUUCCUUUUCCAACCCUGUGUUGAAAUGAGGAAGUAUGACUGGGAUUUUUCUAGCAGAGAAAGACAUGAGUGUGAGUCACAGUGCAAUGAAGAGUAAAUCAAGUGAAAAUCAAAUGAGAGAAGCGCGACUGAAACAUGGCUGUAACUGCUGAGUUGUGGGCAUGAUAUCGUGCACCCGCAGCGCACCUGUUGACUGGUGCUAAAUUUGUAAGGCUGAUGUUUCACCCGUGUUCUCAUUCACAUUUGCAUCAGUGUAAGAUGGUGUUCUCAGUAAAUCAGGGACCAUGCAUAGAGCUAUUUGAUUACAGUCCACCACAAUGCUAUUAUGCUAUCACUAAGCCUUUUAUUACUUUUCUUUGGAGCUUCCGUGGGAUAAAGAUAGCAAUAAUCAUAAUUUAUAUAUUUAUGUUUUUAACAAUAAA